UGUCGGUAUAAAUGGACGCAUUCCUUCAUCGUUCUUCUUCGACUAAAGAAAGCAGCAAACCGCAGCCAGUCGACAAACGUCGAGAUGUUACACCGUGGGUCGAGAAAUAUCGCCCACAGAAAGUUGAAGACGUUGCUUGUCAAGAAGAAGUGGUAGCAGUUAUGAAGAAAGUUAUUCAAGGAGCAGAUCUUCCUAACUUGCUACUGUAUGGACCACCUGGUACAGGAAAGACAUCAACAAUAUUAGCAGCUGCAAGACAGUUGUUUGGGAUUGAGAUGUACAAGAGGCGUGUGUUAGAACUGAAUGCGUCUGAUGAACGAGGAAUACAAGUUAUUAGAGACAAAGUGAAGCAAUUCUCACAGUGGACGGCAUCUGCUACUCGACCAGAUGGUUGUCCUUGUCCUCCGUUUAAAAUUGUCAUUCUUGAUGAGGCCGACUCGAUGACCAGCAGUGCACAGGCUGCUUUGAGACGCACCAUGGAGAAAGAAACAAAGACAACUCGUUUCUGUCUUAUCUGCAACUACGUCAGUCGGAUUAUCGAGCCGUUGACUUCUCGUUGUACAAAAUUUCGUUUUAAGCCUUUGGCUGGAGAAGCUGUUCAAACUCGACUGACAGAGAUAUGUGAAAAGGAGAAUGUGAGAUGUGAUGAAACUGCAUUGAGCACUUUGAUGGAUGUAUCAGAAGGAGAUCUGAGAAAGGCCAUCACGCUACUUCAGAGUGCCCAUCGUUUGAAGGGAGGUGAAAUUGUGAUGGAAGGAGACAUCAUUGAAAUAGCUGCAGUGAUUCCUUCAGAACGUCUCGAUCUUCUUAUUGAUACUUGUCAUUCAGACUCGUAUGACAAACUGGACGUUGUUGUGAAGGAUAUUAUCGCUGAUGGAUUUCCAGCGUCUCAACUCGUCUCUCAAAUUCAUGACAAAAUCAUGUUGAUGGAUCUAACAGAUCAACAGUUGGCCGUCAUUGCUGAAAGACUGGCGGUUGUUGACUUUCGUUUACUUGACCGAGCAGACGAAUAUCUUCAGAUAAUGGAUCUUUGUACGGUAAUCAUGAAUCAGGUCUGUCAUCCUGCUACAGACGAGUAGCAGCAUGACAACAGAUUUACACGCUUAACAAGUAUGGUAUGUAAUCUUGUUUCAUGUGAUUGCAUCCAUGCCCUUUGUAGUCAUACAGAGAAUAAUAUAAGUCAACACUGUUGAGUCAAUAGUUCCACAACGACUAUCAACAAGUG